AUGAUUAAAUCAGUUAAGGUUGCUAUUAUUGGCGCAGGAGUGUCAGGUUUGAAAGCUGCUGAGACAUUGUUGUCAUCAGCAAAAAUUGACAAGAACGAUAUUGCCAUUCUCGAAGCUCAGGAUCAUAUUGGAGGUCGUCUUCAAAACACCAAAGUAGAAGAAUCCAAACUUGGAAUCACCUAUGCUCUUGGAGCUUUGUGGUAUCAUGACACUUUGAUCAAUACACCGUUACGUGACUUGCAAGAAAAGGGGUUGAUCGAGGAAGGAGAUGUUUACUAUGAUGAUAAGGAUGCACUAACAUACACAGAAGACGGUCUUUUAGAUGUUUCAGGGUUGAAGUUGAACAGGGUUAUGGAGGAGACUACUCAAUUCUUUCCAUUAUUUUUUGGCGAUGAACAACAAGACCUCUCUUGUGAUGCAGCGGUCACUGAAUAUGUCAAACAACAUGAAGCAUAUCUCACAGGGGAACAGAAAGAGUACCUCAACAGAGCUAUGAGACUUUUGGAAAUUUGGCACGGAAUCUCCUCGGUUGAAGCUAGUGGUCGCAUGGCUCUUUUGAAACACACUGGACGUAAUUUGCUCAAUAAAAAAGGAUUUACGUUUCUUAUCGAUACUUUGAAGAAGGAAAUAACAGACUCAUGUAUUCUUUUGGACCAACCAGUGAAGUCCAUUAUUCAACACAAGCUUUCCAGAAAGGCGAUUACAGUUGAGACAAAGAAAGGAUUGACUGUCGAAACUGAUUAUUUAAUUGUCACAGUUCCUUUGUCGAUUUUGAAAUUGAAUUCAGAUGAUGAAUAUGGGAUCACAUGGAAUCCACCAUUACCCAAGCCAGUUAAAGGGAUAAUUGACAACUUAGGAUUUGCAGCAUUGGGAAAGGCGUUUUUCGAGUUUGAACACAUUUGGUGGGACAAUCAACAAGAACAUUUUCAAAUUCUUCCAAAAAAAGUGGAGCCAUCAGAAGUAGACCACCCAUUCAAUGACUUACCACCUUCAUUUACAUUUCCAGCACUUGUGGUAAAUUACGCAAAAUUGUACCCUGGUAAUCGUGGUGGUAGUUUGGCAAUCCUUACCCCUUCUCCAUUAUCCAACUAUCUUGAGUCUCAUCCAGACGAAUCUUGGACUUAUUUUAGGCCAAUGCUUGAAAAGAUUGCAGUAAAAGUCACUGAGGACCCCAUCAACACUCUUAUUACAGACUGGACAAUAAACCCCUACAUCAGAGGUUCAUACACUGCUGUUGCAGCAGAAACUGCCGAUGUAGCACUUUUGAAUGCAAUGAAACUCAAAGUUCUGGGGCUUGAAUACAGUAGGGUUAGGUUUGCAGGAGAGCAUACCGUAACUGAGGGCACUGGAUGUGUUCACGGUGCCUAUGACAGCGGGGUUAGAGAGGCAAAUUGGGUUUUGAAUGCAAUGAGGGACCUCACAUUGAAGUCGUGA